AUGGGAAGCCGAGUAAAUCCUGCACGCAUAUUGUGUGUGAAUUGCAACGUUUGUGUUAAUAAAUUGCGCCGAUACCCUGCAUUGGCGCUUGAUUUGAGAGUAACUGCUUUAAUCUGCAGCUGGGUGUACCCACAAAUUGUUUUAGAAGAUGACUAUGUAUGUGAGGCAUGCAGAGAUCUUGCAAUAACUGCAGUUAAUAUUAAUUUACGUGAAGUUCCUGGCAAUGAAGAAGCUGGACCAAGUACAAGAAAAAAAGGCCAUAAAAAUGUGUGCCUCUUAUGUGGAUGUUCACUACUGAUAAGACAGAGUAACAAAAUUUUACGAGAAAAUCCUACUGAUGUGCAGCAAUGUGUGAAGAAUAUUAUAGAAAGCAGAGUUUCACAAGAGAUAUCUUCAUCAGAUGAAUUAUGUCAAGCUUGUUGGCUACGCAUAAAAAGAGAGUUAUACGGCUAUUCUUUUCAACUACAAUUCUGCCUCCUGUAUGGAUUUGGUGCAUACAUUUUU